UCUCUAUGUAACAUUGUAUGUGCUGUAUGUACUCUUUUACUCAUAACUCCAUGCUCAGAAUUGUACUGCGUAAUAAAGCAAGUUCGUAUUCGUAUUCAGCGGCAGGUGGUUCUAUCUAUUAUUAUUACCAGGACCAUUAACUACAUACCAAUACAUACUCCCCUAUUCUACUCUGUAUGAUUAUUCCUGAGCAUUAUCGUUUCUACACAGCAGAGGCUCUCGCAACUCCCCGUCGCUUCGCUUGUGCUCGCGCCUAUAUAGUCAAAGCCAUGUCCUCUCUUCGCGCACAGCUCCCAUCGCCACCACACUUACCCAUAUACUAAGGAGAUAAAGAGAUAACUACCAUUCGAUCCUCUCCAAUCUAUCGGGUACCUAGGUAUCUACAGCAGGGAACCCGCUCGCCACUUUAGUCGAUAUAUAACGAGCAUCGACCAAAGCGUCCACCUGGUUCAACAUGUCGACCAUCGACCUCCCGCAGUUUGUUCCCACCCCUGUGGAGGAGAUCCCUAACAAGGUCAAGGGAGUCCGCAAUACUUUCUUCCUACACAAGACUCGCCCUAUCGAGUUCCGGAUUCAACAGCUGCGAAAGCUAUAUUGGGCGCUGAAAGAUCGUGAAGAUCAAGUCGCGGAGGCACUUCGUCUGGAUUUGGGGAAGCCAAAAUAUGAAGCCUACGUAUCAGAAAUCGGAAUGGUGGAGAAUGACAUCGUCUUCGUUCAGAAGAACGUGGCCAAAUGGGCCAAAGAUGAGAAAGCGCAGGAUGUCGACUUGCCCUUCACGUUGAUGAAGCCGACAAUCAGAAAGGACCCCUUGGGUUGCGUUCUUGUAAUCGGAGCCUUUAAUGUUCCAUUUGGCCUGACACUUGGUCCAUUAAUUGGUGCCAUCGCGGCAGGAAAUACCGUCGUGGUUAAACCCAGCGAAACAUCCCCCAACUGCGCCGCUGUCCUGGGAGAAAUCAUUACAGCUGCGUUCGAUCCAGAUGUUGUCACUGUCAUCCAAGGAGGCGUUCCGGAAACCCAGGCUCUUCUAAGCGAACGUUGGGAUAAAAUCUGCUUCACUGGCAGCGCAACCGUGGGUCGCAUUGUUGCCAAAGCGGCCGCUCCCAACUUGACCCCAGUUCUCCUUGAGCUUGGUGGCCGCAACCCAGCAUUCAUCACCAAGAAAGCUAACUUGAGACUGGCUGCAAGGCGGCUAUUAUGGGGUAAAACUUUCAACGCUGGUCAAAUUUGCCUGUCGCAAAACUACAUACUUGUCGAUAAAGAGGUGGUGUCACAGCUGGUGACGGAGUUUGGCAAGGCGUGGAAGGAAUACUACCCAGAUGGCGUGAAGGCGUCCCCUGACUACUGCCGUAUCGUUAGUGAUGCCGCUUUCCGCCGGGUUAAAGGCAUGAUUGAUAGCACAAAUGGCAAGAUUCUGCUCGGAGGCACAAUGGAUGAGAAAGAGCGGUUUAUCGAGCCGACUUUGGUCCAGGUCGACUCUGCGGACGAUCCUCUUGUUCGCCAGGAGACCUUCGGUCCAAUUAUUACGCUUUUGCCUGUGAACAAUCUCGAUGAAGCGAUCAGAAUCGCGAAUGACGUUGAUAGCACUCCGUUGGCUAUUUACCCAUUUGGAACGAAGCAGGAGGUCGAAAAGGUCCUAUCCGCCGUUCGCUCCGGAGGCGCAACCAUCAACGAUUCCUUCAUGCACGCUAGCAUCCCAACCUUACGUUCGGCGGUGUCGGUGAGAGUGGAACCGGCUGCUACCACGGGCGAAGCAGCUUCGACUCCUUUGUGCACCGACGGUCGAUCGCCGCCACACCAGGCUGGGUCGAGCGCGUCCUCUCUGUUCGAUACCCACCAUACGCUGGCAAGUUGCAGAAGACGCUCAAGUCCAACGCCGUAGCGCCCAAUUUCGAUCGGAAUGGGAAGACGACGACGGGCCUUUUGGGCUGGAUUGUUUGGUUUGUUACGUUUGGCGGGGCUAAUAAGUCUGGGGCGAGUCGUGCGGCUGUUGCGGCUAUUGACUCGAAGCCAAAGAACUCCACUUAAAUAAGCCCCCAUCCCUCUCACGAUGUUUAUCAUCACCCAUAUUCCUGUUCCCCUUGGUCCCCUUUCUGUACCGGUUCAUUUCCGACCAUUCCCUUUAAUACUCUUCUUGUACAUCACCUACUACAUCAUGUACAUCCCAGUCUCUUUGCCCUAUAUAUUUUUUUCUCUCUUAUUUGUUGAAACCUCGAUACCCAAUAUUUCACCCAGCACAAGAAGCCCCAAGAGCAAAAAAAACACAAUACUCGCUCUUAUCUUUCCUUAAACUAUCUCCUCUUUACCAUCACCAAUGAAUAUCCCCCUUCACUAACAAAAAUAAUUUUCAUGAAAAAAAUAUCUAGCCGCCAUCGCUAUCAACUACUACAUCAAGCGCGGAGCCAACCUCUGAAACCAGAAGCAGAAAAACUGUUUUAGCGAUAUAAAACAGUAUCAUUAUAGUAUACAAGAACAAUUUCACCAGCUUCUCCCGAUUCAUAAUGCUGCGACCGUUUUCUACUUUUACCAUGUUAAAAUACAUUACUCUUGUACAUGUACGUGUACAUCUUAUGGAAAUCGUUUCUUUUCUUUCUUUCUUUCUUUCUUUUU